AUGUCAAAUGCAUCAUUCGUUCUGCCUGGCUCAGACGCAUUCGAUUACGCGACGGAAGUGAUAUCUCAUACUCGAAGUCUAACAUUCUUGAAGAAGCAUGAGUGGUCCGCUAUCUGGGAUGAGCACACGGUUCAUAAGUUUGGAACUCGAUCUGUUGAGCAUACGAUGAGCACAAUGGUGCAAGAGCCAUAUGCCAGCCACAUUACAACAGUAUAA